AUGGAGAGCGUCGACGAGAAGAUCAGACGCGGAGAGAUCACGAUCAGGGACGCGGUCAGCGAGGCGUGCGAGGCGCAGAAGUCGGCGCGCGCGGCCAUCCCGGACGACCGCGAAAACGGGUCGGUGCCGUCGCGCGCGACGCUCGUCGUCGUCCCGCCGCCGUUGUUGCGGCAGUGGGAGGCCGAGGUGAAGAAGUGUCUGAACGAGUCGUCGCUCGCGCUCGUCGUGUACGGCGGCAAGGGCGGAGGGAAGGGCGGCGGGAAGGGCGGCGGCGCGAAAAAAGGCGGUAAGGUCAAGGGUUUAGGGUCCGACGCCUUACCCGAGCUGAAGGCGUCGGACGCGGACGUCGCCGCGGAGCUCGCGAAAGCGGACGUCGUCCUCGCGACGUACCCGCAGCUGCAGAAGGAGGUGGCGAAGGGAAAGAGCGGCUCGGGCGCCGCGAAAGUUCUCUCGAAAGUGAGCUGGCGCAGAGUCGUCUUGGACGAGUGCCAGAUGGUUCGAUCGUCGACGACGCAGCUCGCGGUGGCGUGCCGGUGCCUGAGAUCGGAUUUCCGGUGGAUGGUCAGCGGCACGCCGCUGCACCAGGGCGUGGACGACCUCAACGGCGAGCUCGCGUUCUUGGGGGUCUGGCCGUUU